AUGUCAAGUGUAAAGUGGACUCUGAAGAAGCUGGAUGUGAAGAGGGAGGCCAAUGUCCCUUCAGAUAUUGAGAUCUCCAGAAGACAGACGCCAAAGCCGAUCACUCAGGCAAGUGUAUAAGGAUUUGGAUUUGUUAUUCGGUGAUUAUUGAGCUCUAAUGUCCUUGUCCUUUUGUUUAUGACGACGCUUACUUUCAGCUGGCAAAGGAGAUCGGAAUCAAGGAUGAGGAAUUGGAGCCUUAUGGAGACAAGAAGGCCAAAGUUCAGUUGUCGAUCCUGAAAAGAUACAAUAACCAGGAGAACGGGAAGUAUGUUUUGGUGGUGGGAAUGACCCCCACACCCUUAGGGGAAGGCAAAAGUACGACUACCAUUGGACUGGCCCAGGCCCUCUUCUCUGAACUUGGCCAUCCCAGCUUUGCUUGUGUUCGGCAGCCAAGUCAAGGACCGACCUUUGGGAUUAAAGGAGGAGCUGCUGGCGGUGGAUAUUCCCAAGUCAUCCCCAUGGAAGAGUUCAAUCUGCAUUUAACUGGAGAUAUUCAUGCAAUUACUGCUGCAAACAAUCUCCUCGCUGCCGCCAUUGAUGCCAGAAUGUUCCAUGAAGCUACUCAAAAAGAUGAUGCAUUAUUUGACCGAUUGGUACCUAAGAAUAAGGAGGGAAAGCGACUUCUCACUCCCAUUCAACAACGUCGACUUCAGAGAUUGGGAAUUGCAGUACAAGAUGACGCCGAGAAGUUGUCUCCAGAAGAUCGUGUUCGAUUUGCUAGGUUGGACAUCGAUCCGAAAACAAUUACUUGGUCCAGAGUUAUUGACACCAGUGAUCGGUUCUUGAGAGGAAUCGAGGUUGGUCAUGGCAAUACAGAGAAGGGACAUGUCCGCAAAACAGACUUCAAAAUAUCUGUUGGCAGUGAAGUAAGAAUUAAAAUUAGUAUCUUCAGCAUCUUUUUUCUAUCACAGAUGAUGUUGUUUUAGUUGAUGGCCAUCCUUGCAUUAAGUCUUAGCUUGGCUGAUAUGAGAGAAAGAAUUGGGAAAAUUGUAGUGGCCACAGACAACAAAGGACAGCCCGUAACUUGUGAUGAUGUCGGGUGUACUGGAGCUGUCACGGUCCUCAUGAAAGACACCAUCAAACCAACUUUAAUGCAGACAGUUGAGGGUACUCCGGUCUUUGUUCAUGCCGGUCCAUUCGCCAAUAUUGCACAUGGUGCUUCUUCUGUUGUUGCUGACAAAUUGGCAUUGAAAUUGGUUGGUAAGGAAGGAUUUGUGGUUACAGAAGCCGGAUUCGGAAUGGAUAUUGGAGGAGAAAAAUUCUUGGAUAUUAAAUGUCGAAGUUCUGGACUGUCUCCAAAUGUUGUUGUAAUUGUGGCUACAGUAAGGGCUUUGAAGAUGCACGGUGGCGGGCCACCGGUUACUCCCGGUAAUCUACCAGCUGCCUAUAGGACUCCUAAUCUUGAGCUGCUGGAAAAAGGAUGUGAUUCCAAUUUGAAGAAGCAGGUGAGUUAUCUUUUUCCUUUGGUUUUUAAGCAUGAAUGAUGAUAAAACUUACCGUAUUCCCUUUCAGAUUGAAAAUAUUCAAAAAUUCGGCCUUCCUGUCGUUGUUUGCGUGAAUAAAUUCAGCACCGAUUCGGAUGAAGAACUUAAUCUGGUAAAAGAAAAAGCCCAUAAAUUCAAUGCCGUUGGCGUAAUUUCAAACCAUUGGGCCAAAGGAGGAGAAGGGGCCAAGGAAUUGGCCCAGGCGGUAAAAGAAGCGGCCAAUAAGAAAAGCGAAUUUAAAUUCUUGUAUGAUGUGAACAAAUCGAUCAAGGAGAAGAUCGAGAUUAUUGCCAAAGAAAUGUAUGGAGCCAGUGGAGUCGAAUAUUCGGAAGCGGCAGAGACUACCAUUAAAAGAUAUACAGAUCAAGGGUUCGGCAAUUUGCCGCUUUGUAUGGCUAAAACUCAGCUUUCUUUGUCUCAUGAUCCCACCAAAAAAGGAGCGCCAACAGGUAAGUAAUCCCGGAGAGAAAAUACGCAAUGUAAAUACAUGUCAAGUUCUUAGAAGCACCAAUAUUAUAGCACGUAUUCUUGAGAAGUGCGAUUUUGUAGGGUUCCUUAGUAAUCAUACAAUCUGGCCAAGUCACGUAGUUAUUUCUUUUACCACUUUCGUUAUUAUUAAAUUGUACGAGGGCAGACAUACUAAGCCGACACGAAUUGAAGACCAAAGACUUUAAAACGUAAUAUUUCACACAUAAAGGGAGACAGCAGACAGCCAAAGAAAAAGGAAGUUAUAAAUAGUUUUAUUGGGAUCCGUGCUAGGAAUGGGAGGGGAGAAUUAAUGUUUCAGUUAAGAGUGCAUCUUUUAUACAUCCUUUUGCAAAGAUCCACGCAAAAAGAGGAUUACCGUAAUCUUUUCAGGGUUCACCCUCCCCAUCCGAGAUGUCAGUAUCUCCGUGGGUGCUGGUUUCAUUUUCCCAUUCUGCGGCGAGAUCAUGACCAUGCCCGGUCUGAACACCCGCCCCUGUUUCUAUGAUAUUGACAUUGAUCCGGAGACCGAGAUUAUCGACGGAUUAUUCUAA